AUUAUACACGAAUCUCGCACUCACAGUUUGUUCGCAAACAAACUAGCUAAGCAGCUACACGCUUCACUGGACACCACAGCUGAGCGACUCGAGAUCUAAUGAUGGAGUUCUCUAUGAGUGGCUGGCUGGACAAGAGGGGAGGGUUGGAAGCUACUAAGAGGUGGAAGAAACGAUGGUGCAUACUAAGCAAUCACCUACUACGCUACUAUAAAAGUGACACGGAUAGUAACCCAGCAGGGACUAUAUUUGCAGAAGACAUUGCGGACGUUGCACCUGACGAAUAUGAAUCCAAAAAGGACUCAAAACACGGGUUUGUGUUUAAAAUCUUGACACGCGGAAGGGACUAUAUCUUGAAUGCCCCCAACCAGCAGAAACGGGAUGAGUGGAUCAGUAGAAUACGAUCUUUGCUGCAGGCCAAUCGAGAACAAGAUGCUGCAGCGCCAGAGGUGCACUAUGCGACGGUGGAGGUGUUCCCGACACGGGGCAUCAGGAUAACGGGAGAAGUCAGCUCGGUCCUCAUUGGGCAACUUACAACCACCACAGCCAAGACCACCAAGGACGAGAGAGGAUGGUUCUCAGACCAAGCGUUGCCGCAUGCGUCGAUACUGAACCUGUUCACACAGCACGGCUGGAGUCUGGCCACUGCCUUCCAAUCCAACUCCAUUCCUCCAAACUCCACCUCAGCCACUCCUUCUGACACCCUCAUCUUUACCCACUCCUUCAACACCCCUCCCAUCUCAUGAUCUUCGAUACUUUUAUUUAUAUAUAUAACCUUUGUUGUGAAAUUGCUAUGUUAUUAUUAUAAAACCAAAUGCACUAUCUUGUCGUCCAGCCACCAUCAAUGGUGAGAGUUGAUCCAGUGACUUGUCUGGCCUCUUCACUGCAGAGGUAUACCACCAUGGCUCCCACCUGGCACGAAAAAAUCACUUGUACAUUGCAACGUUUGCUUACACACACACGAUACACCAGACAAUGUCAUACUUCAUUUGGCAUCACAAACUCUUUGGAAGGCAUUUUCUCUUCCAGUGUGGACAUCUUUGCUUCGUCCACAGUGAUGCCUUCUUUUUCAGCCCUGGCUUCCAGCUGUGCUUCCACCACUGGAGUUAGGACCCAUCCUGGGCAUAUGGCGUUACAUGUUAUCCCGCUGCCUGCAGUCUCCAAUGCAACCACCUCACAAAUCAUCGAAAACCGAAAGAGAGUAUCUUUAGGAAAGGAGGGAGACAAGAAAUCUACACCUUUGUGAGUCCCACAAGGCCGUGUUUAGAGGCGACGUAUGGUGCCUUCAUUGGAGACCCAACCAGUCCAUGAACUGAAGAGAUGUUGACAAUUCUUCCCCAACCUCGUUGCCUCAUUCCGGGGAGGGCCAGUCUGAUGGUAUGGAACGAGGCCGAGAGAUUGACAGCCAGAACCUGGUCCCAUUUCUCAACCGGCAUCUUCUCAAUCGGCUCGACAUAUUGCAUCCCUAUAGACACCAAUGAACAAGUAUAGAUAUGAGAUGAGGCAGAAGUGGCAAUAGAAGGUGUGCUGUGAAACAGUUUUGC